AUGGCUCUCCUCACCACGGUCAAGAACCUCGUACUCGGAGUCCUUCUCGCUUGUGCCUUUUCGUCGUUCAUCCUUUCGAUCAUCUACACCAACCGACAGAUCGAGGAUGAUGUUGGUUACAACCCGGCCGUGAUCGCUUUCCUCGUCGUUGGUAUCGUCCAGACCCUCUACAUCGUCUUCCAACUCGCCAGUCGUAUGAGGGGUAACAUAAACAAGACCAUGAUCCCCUUCAGCAUCCACACCUUGGUCACCCUUUACUACCUCGGUGUCGCCAUCACCUUCACCGUCAAGCGAUACGAUGCCCCUCACUACUGCCCCGCCGGUAUCAUCAGGGACGUCACCGGUUGUCUCGGUCUUUACAAGGCUCUGAUGGCCAUCGCCUGGAUCGACUUUGGUUUGAACUUGAUCUACCUCGCUCUUCUCGCCAUGGCCGCCUCGAAGUACGGUGGAUUCGGAGUUCAGGAGGGACACCUUUACCCCGCUGAGGAUCUCGAGAGGCAGGCUGUUGCCGACAAGGCCGGACACUAG